CUGAUUGGUGUUUACUCGGAAAACCUUGUCCCCUCUUGGCUAGCCAGUUUGACCAUGCAGAAAACUUUGAAUUACAAAAUAAAACACACGACUAGCUAGCCACGGCCAAUGAGCCUACUUCGGUAUAAAUAAGCAAUCUACUACUUCUGUCUACUGUAAACAGGUAUGUAGGUAAAGGCGGCGUUGCUAUUUCACCAACUAACGUUAGCGAAUCGUUUUUUAUUUAGCUAGCUAAGAGAGUUAACGUUACAGUACCUGUUUAGCUAGCUAGUACUUUAGCGUAUUCACGCACCUAGAUACCUACUUGGGCGAUGAUUCAAAGUCCUGCCCCCCAGCCUUCUCUGAAGCGAUCCCUGCCCCUGUAGCAGCCUUCACACCACACACACACACACACACAAACAGACGUACACACACGUACAGACACGUUGGCCUCUGGACGAGGAUGACAAUGGAAGAGAUGAAGAAUGAAGCAGAGAUGACCUCCAUGGUUUCCAUGACACUCUACACUGUGAUGUACCCCGUCUUCCACGAGUUGGAGAGAGUGAACCUGUCGGCAGCACAGACCCUGAGGGCAGCGUUUAUAAAGGCUGAGAAGGAGAACCCAGGGCUGACCCAGGACAUCAUCAUGAAGAUCCUGGAGAAGAAAAACGUGGAGGUCAACUUCAUCGAGUCACUACUGCGCAUGGCUGCAGACGACGUGGAAGAGUUCAUGAUUGACAGGCCUGAGCAGGAGUUCCAGGACUUGAAUGGCAAGGCCCGGGCACUCAAACACAUCCUCAGCAAGAUCCCAGAUGAAAUCAACGACAGAGUACGCUUCUUACAGACCAUCAAAGAUAUUGCCAGCGCCAUAAAGGAACUCCUGGACACAGUCAACACUGUCUUCCGAAAAUACCAGUACCAGAACCGACGGGCACUGGAACACCAAAAGAAAGAGUUUGUGAAAUACUCCAAGAGCUUCAGCGACACACUUAAAACCUACUUCAAAGAUGGAAAGGCGAUAAACGUGUUUGUCAGCGCGAACAGGCUCAUCCACCAAACCAACCUAAUACUCCAGACCUUCAAGACCGUGACAUAGAUGGGGUUAACCACACUAACCCAGGCUUUUAACAGAGGACAGGAAACCAUUUAUAUGUACAAUGUUAAGAUUCUGUUUCUGGGACUGUAUAAUUUAUAAGUCCUGCUUCAAGAGGGGGAUCAUUUAGAGUUGCAGGCGGCCAGAUUAUAAUUAAAUUGCCAGAGAUUUUCUUUUCUUUUUUUAUUGUAUUUUUUUUCCACCAGGAUCAUGCUAUCUCCACAGAGUAUCUUAUGUCAUGCUAUCUCCACAGAGUAUCUUAUGUCAUGCUAUCUCCACAGAGUAUCUUAUGUCAUGCUAUCUCCACAGAGUAUCUUAUGUCAUGCUAUCUCCACAGAGUAUCUUAUGUCAUGCUAUCUCCACAGAGUAUCUUAUGUCAUGCUAUCGCCACAGAGUAUCUUAUGUCAUGCUAUCUUCACAGAGUAUCUUAUGUCAU